AUGGAUGCCCUCGAACAAAUUAUAUCAAAGCUAGAGCAUGUCAGCGCCAACAAGGACAAGGCGGAUGACGUGAAAAUUGAGAACUUUAUCGGAUUUACUUUCGUGCCCCUCGGUAUUGCCGGCCCUCUCAGGAUCACGGGCACAACCACCGAGGCUACACUUGUGGCAAGUUGCUCGCGUGGAUGCAAGGCAUUCAGUGCCUGCAGCGGAUUCCUCAACAUCGAAGGCGCUGUACGCUUCUUCGAGAUUGUGCCUCGUCUGUGGUCAAAGUUCCAGAAGCCGGUAGAGUCAACGAGCUCACACAUCCGUCUGGAAAAGAUUACACACGCAUGCUGGGAUCAACCGUCCAUGUCGUCCUCAAAUACUUCUGCGGUGAAGGAGCUGGAACACCUUCCGCAGCAAUAG